CUACACCAGAUGCGCUCUGAUGUUCAGUUUUAACAUCGUUUCUUAUUUAACAAAGUUUUAACGCUUCUUUGAAGAAAUUUCAAUAAUUCAAAAUCCCUACCUACUUCAAAUCCUUCCUAAAUCAUUCCCAAAUUGCGAUAUCAUCUUCUUCUCCUUCUCAAUUUCGACUUCCUGCGAUUUGAGGAAAGGAACUACCCAGACUGAAGAAACCCAACCCGAAGCUUCCAUCAUUAGCAUCCAAGCUGCUUCCAUUAACCUCUGGGCAAAGGAAAGAAAGCUCAGAAUAAAUAGCUGACAAGCUGGAAGGGUGCAGUGAUCGAUAGAAGGAAUGAGGAUUGUUGGACUGACCGGCGGAAUAGCAAGUGGCAAGAGCACUGUUUCCAAUUUAUUCAAGUCUCAUGACAUCCCUGUUGUCGAUGCUGAUGUAGUUGCUCGUGAGGCUUUGAAGAAAGAUAGCGGUGGAUGGAAAAAAGUCGUUGCGGCGUUCGGGGAGGAAAUUCUUCUAGACAAUGGAGAAGUUAACAGACCCAGACUUGGCCAAAUCGUUUUUGCGGAUCCUGAUAAGCGUCAAUUUCUCAACCGAUUGUUGGCUCCUUAUAUAUCGUCGGGGAUCUUUUGGGAAGUUGGGAAGCUAUGGUUGAAAGGUUACAAGGUCAUUGUUCUUGAUGUCCCUUUGUUAUUUGAGGCCAAGAUAGACAAGUUCACGACGCCCAUUAUUGUCGUGUGGGUUGAUCCUGAAACACAGAUUCAGAGACUCUUAGCAAGAGACAAAUCUAGUGAGGAGGAUGGUCGGAAUAGGGUUAAUGCUCAGAUGCCACUGGAUGAUAAAAAGAGUAAAGCUGAUAUAGUAAUAGACAACACCGGUUCACUAGAUGACUUGAAUGAACAAUUUCAGAAGGUUUUGUUCCGGGUCACUGGACCCUUGACAUGGUGUGAAUUUUGGCGUUCUAGGCAGGGGGUCUCGAUCAUUCUUGCUUCACUUUCCUCAGGUGUUGUUCUAUGUGCGAAGGCAUUCAACAACAACAGGUCAUAGACACCUUCCUAUAUUGUGUUUUGUGAAGUGCUUCACUGCAUCUCUUUCUAAGUUCCCAACAAAUAGAUAGUACCAUACUACAACCUGAGUUUCAAGAUGAUAUUAGAAUUUACUUGUUUAUUAUAGGAUUUGUUACUGUUAGGGAACUCCAAAAGACAAGAUAUGGAAUAUUGAUAAUGGUAAUCACAGGUAAUUUGUUUGCCCAUAGACCUGUCAAACCAUUGGCUUGCAAUGAGUGGAAGAUAACCUGGUGUCCAUUAUAUCAUAUAGUGCAGUAUUGAUAUGGAUGUUUUUGUUCUAAUGUUGAAUGUUACUACUAUUUGCCAAUAGACUCAGUAAUAUCUAAUAUUCUUUUUCUAA